AUGGGGAAGUAUGCAAAGUACACAAAAAAAUACAACCCAGAUUGGGAAAAAUCUGAAGUUUUUUCUGGAUGGCUUCAGCAAGCUCCAGAGGCAUUUGCUGGUAGGGGAGAAGCAUUUUGUAAACUAUGUCGGGUACCAUUAAGAGCACACAAAACAGAUUUAAUGAAACACUCAAAUACAAAUGCUCAUAAGCACAGAGCUAAUAGUAUAAAUGUUACAAAACAACCGGGACUAUCAUCAUUUGGAAUUAUAGUCAAAACUGACACAGAAAAAAUUAGAGAUCUUAAAUUAGCAAUGCAUAUAGCUACACAUUCUGCCAUUAGAACAAUCGAUCAUCUCGGUGAAAUUUUAAAAGAUUUUGGUGGGCCAUUUAAUUCACUUGAACUACAUCGAACUAAAUGUUCAAAAUUAAUUCUAAAUGUUAUAGCCCCAGAAUAUUUAAAAGAACUUAUCGAUGAUAUAGGUUUAAAAUCAUAUUCCAUAAUCCUCGAUGAAUCAACAGAUAUUGGCACACACAAGUAUAUGGCUUUUUGUGUCAGAUAUCAUAGUGUUGCUCUUUGUGAUAUGGUUACCGAUUUUCUUGGAUUUGUGGAGAUUGAAAAAGCUACUGCAGAAGUAUUAAAAGAUGCAUUUUUAGACUUUUUAGUUCGAUCCAAAUUAGACAUAAAAAAUUUAAUUGGAAUUGGCACAGAUGGUGCAAGUAAUCUUUGUGGUAAAAACAAAUCAUUGUUCACAUUAUUAAAGGAAAUAGUACCAGAUCUUCAGCUUAUUAAAUGCAUUUGUCAUUCGCUUAACAUUUGUUCAGCUCAUGCAUGUGAAGAACUACCUAGUAGUUUAGAAUUUCUGGUUCGAGAGACAAGAAAUUGGUUUUCAUACAGUUCUUUGAGACAAUUGACUUAUAAAAGUUUAUUUGAAGCAUUAUAUGAUGGAAAGACUCCACCUAAGUUGCCUCAACUAUCAACCACUCGCUGGUUAGCUUGGUAUAGUUGCAUCAAAAGUAUACUUGAACAGUUUUUGGCUUUGAAAACUCACUUCAAUAUUAUAGCUCAAAGCAAAGAAGGUUGUUACAUGUCUAGAACAUUAAAUGACAUGCUUAAAGAUGAUACCCAUUU